AUGCCGGAGACACAUAAUAAAACCAGAAAGCCUUAUAUCGUUAUAGACAAAGAUUUGUGGCACACUUUAAAGGAGGACGUUGAUUUCCACAUUGCAAUGAAUCUGAACGCUACUGUAAGCUUCACCCAAACGAAUUCUUCUGAGAACGUUACACAUAUAGUGAAUAAAGUACUGAAUGAUGGUUAUGAUUUGGAGGUACUGGGACUUGCUUCGAACUGGUUUCUUUUCAUACAUAUACCUGCUUUAUGCUGCAUUUUCUUCAGUCUUAUAGCAGCAACAACUGUUAUAAUCGUGUCAUUUAGAGGUCAAACACGACCGUUCUUCUCCUGGAUGCGAAGUGAGCGUUUUGUCGUGUACCUGUCUUUAUGUGAUGGCCUUUUCAAUGUGACACACAGCAUGGAUCAUCUUCAGAUGGCCAUAACAAAGGAACACGUCUAUCCAUUGCAGUUGUGUGAGUUUUAUGCCUUCUUCAUCGGAGAGUUUGUUUCAGCGCAGAUCUUGAUGACCAAUGUAGCAGCUGUCAAUGCCUUUUGUCUGAUAUAUCUACAAAAACAGUUCAAACUUGGCAGAUAUGACUGGAAACUCCUGAUUUAUACGUUCGGUGUUCCUUUCGUGUUAUCCAUGUGCGCAGUAAAUUUAGGAUUUUACGGGCCAUCUGGAUCCUAUUGUUACUUUGACGGGGUAAAAGGAGCAUUCGCCAGUAUCUUCUUUACAACUAUUCCGAUGACGAUUGUACUUGUGGUAAACGUGGUAUUGUAUAUCUCAACAUGGUGGAAAAUUUACAAAAAAUCUAGUCAACUAAGAACCACGCUUGGAAAAGAAACCCAAACUCUGCAUGCAUCUUUCAAUGCUGCCAAAAUGAUGAGUCUCUUUGUGGCGGUAUUUUUCGUGCAGUGGUGGGCCCUGGGCAUCGUGAGUGUGUGGCAAAAUUUUGCGAUGGUUCCAGAGGAAUUUUUCACUAUAGUUGUAAUUUUUUCAAACCUGGGUGGUGUAUUUAAUGCAGGUGUUUUCAUCAUCAUCAGGAAAAGAAGAAGACAAAAUGCGGAUCAUAUUAGUACUAAAACGAGUUCCAAUCAGACAUCUCAAUUAUAG